CGGCGACCCAGAAGCAACUGUGGGAUAGAACCGCUCCAACCUAAAAGUGGCCCAGGGCUAUGGAGCCAGAGAGGAACUAGAAAGCAGCCUUCUCAGAGCAUGCUCCUCAACACAGCGGGCCGGCCACUCUGAAGCCCCCCGGGGAGCGUGCAUUUUAUGCCCUUACCCAACCAUGGUAGCCAGAAUGGGAAGAGAUGGACUUGAGCAGACAGAGCCAGCACAAACCUUGGACACUCGCUCCCCCUUGGUUCGCUGCUCACGGGGGGCUCCUAGGGCGUCUCCCAUCUCUGACUGCCUCUCCAGCUGCAUCUCUGGCCCAGGAGAACGGAGCAGCUCUGCAGGACCUUUGAAAGCGGCCUUGGCAAAGAGCUGCACGCCCAGCUGAUCGCCCAGGACAAGCAGAAUAAACACACGAGCUACAUCUCAGCACCGACAGAAAGCCAUCCGCCUCGUCCUUCCCGUGAGCGACAGCAACUUCCUCUGUUUUCAUUCAGACCCUGGAGUCUGACCUGGGGCAGUUAGGCCCUAAAAGGCACGGGGGUCAUUGUCAUACUUGGGUCCUAAUGGGCGUGACCCCAUUCGUGUAGAUUGUGACCCCUCUAAGGGGCCACAUUGUCCACACAUCCCUUCCCCACCUUUGUGGGCAACUGAGCAUGAGGGUGGGGCAGGAGGGAACGAAGGACAGCGGGACCCGUCAGUGCCCCAGUGCCCCUACCCCCUUCUUCAGCACAGGCCUGUGAGAGUGUCAUGUUUUCUCAUUUUACAGAUGGAAACACUGAGGUCAAGUGAGCUUACACAGCAAGUCAGGGUCAGGAGUGGGGCUCAGCUUCCUACCCCAAGCAAGAUGGAGAUCUCCCAGCAGUGAGCGCAGGUCCUUGGUUUGAUAUGUACCUGUCUGCCCGAGACUCCAUUGUUCUGAAUUUUAAUCCAUUCAUGUCUUUCAACCCUGACCCAAAGCCCGAUUACAACGACCAGCUCAUCCGGGCAACUAACUUAACGGUGUCGGCCGUGCGCUUUCUGAAGACGCUCCGGGCCGGACUCCUGGAGCCCGAGGUGUUCCACCUCAACCCUGCCAAGAGCGACACGGACACCUUCAGGAGGAUCAUCCGCCUCGUGCCUUCGUCCCUGUCCUGGUACGGCGCCUACUUGGUCAACGCCUACCCCCUGGAUAUGUCGCAGUAUUUCAGACUUUUCAAUUCCACCCGGCUGCCCAAGCCCGGGCGAGACGAGCUUUUUACUGACGAGAAGGAGAAGCACCUCCUGGUGCUGAGGAAUGGGAAUUUUUAUGUCUUUGACGUCCUGGACCGAGACGGGAACAUAGUCGAGGCCGCGGAAGUGCAUGCCCACCUGAAGUACAUCCUCUCAGACAGCAGCCCCGCUCCCGAGUUCCCCCUGACGUACCUGACCACCGAGAACCGGGACACCUGGGCGGGCCUGCGGCAGGAGCUGCUGAACAGCGGCAACGGGGAAGCGCUCGGCAAGGUGGACUCGGCCGUGUUCUGUCUUUGCCUGGACGGCUUCCCCAUCACAGACCUGGUCCACCUGUCCCACACCAUGCUGCACGGGGACGGCGUGAACCGGUGGUUUGACAAGUCCUUCAACCUCAUCGUGGCCAAAGAUGGGAACGCAGCCGUGAACUUCGAGCACUCCUGGGGCGACGGCGUUGCUGUGCUCAGGUUCUUCAACGAGGUAUUCAAAGAUAGCACCCAGAGCCCCGCCGUCGCACCCCAGGCGCGGCCGGCCCCCGUCGACUCGUCACGGGCUGUGCAGAAACUCCAUUUCCGACUGAACGACGCCUUAAAAGCUGGGAUCGCCAAGGCCAAAGCCCAGUUCGAUGCCACCAUGCAGACGCUCAAGAUCGACAGCAUCCAGUUUCAGAGAGGAGGCAAAGAGUUCCUGAAGAAGCACAAGCUGAGCCCUGAUGCGGUGGCGCAGCUCUCCUUCCAGAUGGCCUUCCUCCGGCAGUACGGGCAGACGGUGGCCACCUACGAGUCCUGCAGCACGGCGGCCUUCAAGCAUGGCCGCACCGAGACUGUCCGCCCGGCCUCAGUGUUCACCAAGCAGUGUUCGGAGGCCUUCGUCCGGGAGCUCUCCCGGAACAGCCCCGAGCAGCUCAAGGAGAUGCUGGCCCAGUGCUCCAAGUAUCACAACCAGCUGACGAAGGAAGCGGCCAUGGGUCAGGGAUUUGACAGGCAUUUGUUUGCCUUGAGAUACCUGGCGGCAGCCAAAGGCCACAAACUGCCGGAGUUGUACCAGGACCCGGCCUACGGGCAGAUCAACCACAACAUCCUGUCCACCAGCACCCUGACGAGCCCCGCCGUGAACAUCGGGGGCUUUGCCCCCGUUGUCCCCGACGGCUUCGGUGUGGGCUACGGGGUCCACGACGACUGGAUCGGCUGCAACGUCUCCUCCUACCCAGCCCGUGAUGUCAGGGAGUUCCUCCGGUGUGUGAAUAAGGCCUUGGGAGACAUUUUUGAUGUCCUAGAAGGUAAACCUGUCAGAAGCUAGGGGGAGGCUCGGGGCUCUGAGCCCGUGGCAGCUCCUCUAGGGAUAAUGUGGGAGGCAGAGGGACUUGGUGGGAGUGUCCCAUGAGCUUUAGAAUCAUGAACUGCCUGAGUAACUAAAAAGUGGUGUUUUAAUUUAAGAAUCGUGACCCUGACAAAAUGAAUUUAGAUUGAAUCAUGAUUUCUGGACGCUUCUUUGGGGUGGGCUUUGAGCUGGAUACGUUCAAUGACUCCUUGGGGAGGCCUCCAACUGCCGUCCGUGUAGCCUGGAGUGGGCCGGGUCAGGGCUCCUGUCGAGAAUCCUGCGUGGUCUGCAUCGGGAAGCGAGGGGGGGACCCGCUGGUUGUUGGAUGUUGAUUCUCCUACAAUAAACGCUCUCCUCAUAAAACCAG